GUGUGACGAAGCGACGCGGCCCCGGCUUGUCAAGAUGGCGGCGGCCGAGUGAGGCGAGCGGCGCCGCGCUCCCUCUCCCGGUCCUUCAGCCCGAGCGCUCCGUAUCCCGCCGCAGGCCCAGUUGUUCGUUUGGUAUCAACCCAGGCAGACGACGUUUCCGCUGUUUAUUCAGAUCUGUUCCUUGAUCCCUGGUCUUUGAUGGGUUGUAGGCGGUAGCACCAGCACAAGAAGACCCGUCACUUUCAAACGAGGAGGAAUAGCCUGACGCAGGCGGUGGUGCAAUGGCACAGUCUCCGCUGCAGGGUGCUCUUCCUGGAAUACAGAAUUUAAAAGCAGAUCCCGAGCUACUAUUUACAAAGCUGGAAAAGAUUGGCAAAGGCUCCUUUGGUGAAGUUUUUAAAGGAAUAGACAACCGGACUCAAAAAAUUGUGGCCAUAAAAAAUAUUGAUCUCGAAGAAGCUGAAGAUGAAAUUGAAGAUAUUCAGCAGGAAAUAACUGUCCUGAGUCAGUGUGAUAGUCCAUUUGUCACAAAAUACUAUGGAUCUUACCUGAAGGAUACAAAAUUGUGGAUUAUAAUGGAAUAUCUAGGUGGUGGCUCUGCCUUAGAUUUGUUAGAACCUGGAUCACUGGAUGAAUAUCAGAUUGCAACAAUACUAAGGGAAAUAUUAAAAGGUCUAGAAUAUUUGCACUCGGAAAAGAAAAUCCACAGGGAUAUCAAAGCGGCCAAUGUCUUAUUGUCUGAGCAAGGUGAAGUGAAACUGGCAGAUUUUGGAGUUGCUGGCCAGCUGACCGAUACACAGAUAAAGCGAAAUACUUUUGUGGGUACGCCGUUCUGGAUGGCACCUGAAGUUAUCAAACAGUCAGCAUACGAUUCCAAGGCUGACAUCUGGUCCUUGGGAAUAACAGCAAUAGAACUUACAAAAGGAGAACCUCCACAUUCCGAGUUGCACCCAAUGAAAGUUUUAUUCCUUAUUCCGAAGAAUAAUGCACCAACGUUGGAGGGAAAUUACAGCAAACCCUUAAAAGAAUUUGUGGAAGCAUGCUUGAAUAAAGAACCAAGUUUUAGACCUACAGCAAAAGAAUUACUGAAGCACAAGUUUAUAAUCCGAAAUUCCAGAAAGACAUCUUACUUGACGGAGCUGAUUGACCGGUACAAGAGGUGGAAGGCAGAGCAAAACCACGAAGACUCCAGCUCGGGGGAAUCUGAUUCGGAGGCUGAUGGACAAGCAUCUGGAGGGGAAGAUACAAGUGACUGGAUCUUCACAAUCAGAGAGAAGGACCCAGUCAAACUACAGAAUGGAGCUGCUCUGCUAGACAAGCUCAACGAGAGCGAUCAGGUACCAGAUGCUCCAAAGCAAUCACAAUCUCGAUGUUUACCUACAAUUAUAUCUCCAUUAUUUACUGAGCUCAAGGAGAAGAACCGAGCAGGUAGAGGUUAUACCGAAGCAGUAGAUGAACUGAGGGAGGCCUUUUUUUUGGUAGAAGAAGCUUGUCCGGGGAUUUCUGAUACGCUCGUGAGCCAGCUGGUGCAAAGACUUCAGAGAUAUUCGUUAAGUCGUGCUGGUUCUUCCAACUGAAGAUUCAUGUUCAUAUCUUGAAAGACGAUGCCGCCUAGAUUGAGGAGGUGCUCUUACAGUGAUCACACAUAACAAGUUUGCAAGAGUUUUCCUGCCAUCGGCUAUCCACUGGGCAAACAACAUCAAAAGAUGAAGUCUCUCAGAGCAAUCGCCAGCCAGUUUGUGCUGCUUAAUGCAAUUAGUUUUUAUCAAUUUCUACCAUAGUGCACAUUUUCAGGUGGGAUGAAUUCCCACCAAUUAUUUUUUUUAAGUUUUGUUUUGUAUCCCAAAUUGUAUAUUUAGGAGUGGGAUCUGGAAAGCGAAACCUCUGCAGUGCCUCAGGUAACCUGCUUUUCGUUGAUGAUUAUUACUGGGAGACGGAGAGGUUCUCUAUAGUUUGUGUACAUUUGUAUAUAGAAUCAUUUUUACUGAAGAUGCAAAUCUUGAGAGUGCAUUAGGAGUGGGACUCUCUUACUGAACAGUCUCCUCUGGGUCGGCCAUGACCUGCUUAAACUCUGCUUCUGAGGUGGCUCAAGAGACCAAUGUGGGAUCUGCAGACUCCGUCACAGGGGGGGGGGGGGGGAGGGGGGGAGGGGGGGGGUUGGCUCAGGUGGCGUUUGGCGGGGAGAGGGGGUUGGAGGGAAGUUCAGGGGGGGUAGUGCGCUCUUUCUGCUGUUUGCGCUUAGCCUCCAUUUGCUCCUGUCAAAAAGACUCGAGGUGCUCAGUGCCUUCCCGGAAGCUGCUUCUCCAAAUUGGUCAUAGUAAUUGUACAAAUCACAUCAACAACGGAUUGUUUUUGUGGAUAUUGUUCUGUAGGUGAAUUUCUGAAAGGGCCAUCAUUAAAUAUUGCCUUGAUUAUUUACCUGUAUUGAUUGAAUAAUGUUCCAGUUACUUAUUAUUUUGUUACUUUCAGUACCAUGCCAUUUUUUAUAAUGUUAAUACCUAUCUUGGAUGAUGUCAGAUUGCUUUAUAGUAUUUUCUCAUUUUCCUUUGGCUCAAUUUAAUUACUUUAUGGAAUCUGGCACCUUUACAUGGCGGAAGCUGCACUUCACCACUGCGAUAUCUCCUCAAGGUAUGCCUACUUUGAAGAAGUUCUCCUCCACUUUGUCUACUUCACCAUCAGAGCUUUGUUGAUGUCCCUAGCGAGAGUUGAGAAUGUCAAACCAGUCAUGUUUUCUUUGAUCUUUUGCAUGGUUUCCAUAUCAAUUCAAACAAAAUGAGAUGACCAUGUGUCCUCUUACUCCUCCUAGUAAGUCUCUUGCAUGAGAAAAGCUGUGGCUAUCAAGAUAAUGUCUGUCCCAUUAAGGAACACUUGGUCUGGAUCUUACGGACUUCCUUGUAUAUGGCUUAUAGUCACUUUACUCGUGCCCUUUCACAUCAGCUGUUUUCACCUGGUGAGGUAACCUCUGCCAAAGUCAAACCAAUGACUCUUAGGCAUAUAGGUAUGAAAAAUUAUUUUCCGCAUCAGAAAGUUAGAUUCUCAUGUGUUUUAGAGUGUGUGCCAGCACCUGACAUCAGAUGUUUCCAUAUUAAAAUGUGGGAGCAAAUGUCAGGCUGUUGAGAAGGAGAGGCUGCAUGGGCUCAACAGUGUUGAAUCUAACUAGGUAGGCCAUAUCACACAUUGUGUGUGCCAAAAAGCAUUGAUCAGUUGAGAACCACUUGAAUGUCCCAUUUAAGAAAUCUCCAAUCAGAAACGAAAAAAGUUGUAGCUGCUGGAAUCUGAAAUUAAAAAUAAGGUACUGAAAUGACUCGGCAGAUCAGGCGACAUCUGUGGAAAGAGAAAUGGUGACUGAUUUAUGGCUGGAACCCUUCAACAACAGUGUAGUGUAGGUAGAAGAGGAGAAUGGGUUCAGGCAAUUUCUCUGAUAGGAUAAUGUAACCGCUUAGGGGCAAUUUAGCUCCUUUGUCUGUCUCAUGCAUUGCUCAUGUUGUAAUGUUUGUGUAAUGUUGCAUAGCCAGAUCAAACUGUACAAAUGAGAGAGAGGAGGGGCGGAGUAUAGCAGCUAAAAUGGCCAUCCGAAUACAAGCAGAAAAAAAGAAAGAAAGCCAGUUUGCUAAAGUUUCAGAAUUCAAUAUUGAGUCUGAAGGUAGACACAAAAUGCUGGAGUAACUCAGUGGGCCAGGCAGCAUCUCUGGAGAAAAGGAAUAGGUGACGUUUCGGGUCGAUACCCUUCUUCAGUCUGAAGAAGGAUCUCGACCUAAAACAUCACCUAUUCCUUUUCUCCAGGGAUACUGCCUGACUCGCUGAGUUACUCCAGCAUUUUGUGCCUAUCUGUGCCGUAAACCAGCAUAUGCAGUUCCUUCCCACUCAAUAUUGAGUCCUGUAGGCUCCAAAAUCCCAAACAAAAGAGAUGAGAUGCUCUUCUUCAAGCUUGCAUUAGGCCACACUGUAAACCUUCAUAAAUCAAAGCUUUUGCAGGAUUGGUAGAUUAGAGCAAUACGUAGGAUCUUUCAAAGCAUAAUUCCACCCCCAUAUAUAUUUUGUGAUUUUAUUCCUAACUCUUAAAGGAAUGUGCAUCAGAACUCAGAUUGUACAUUAGGGCUGCAAGUCUGCAAUGAAAAGUUUGCUUAAUGUUCCUGCAAUUCGAGACAUUUACACCUUUAUUUAUAAAUAAACAGCAAUUGCUGGAAAUAUUCACCAGGUCAGGCCAUGUCUCUGGGAAGAGAAACAGUCAGAAUUUCAGAUCUUUUGUCAGAUUUUUGUAUCUCCAACUUUCUUUGGGAGGUGCAGAAAUGCAACCUUGGUAUGACUGAGGUACACCAUCCCUUUUAACUUGCCAUUUGCUUGUAAUAUUCUAACUAUGCAAUAGAACCAAAGACCCUCGGGUUCGGGGGCCCAACUAAAGGGUUUAUGUUGUAUGACUAACACAGUAAAUCUGGCUAUGGUUUGUGUAUCAGAGUCUCUGAGAAUGCCAGCUAACAGCUCAUGCAGCUUCACUUGAUUGGGAGGAGUAAUUGAAACGCUGCUUUCAAUCUAAGGUUGUGCCAGUAUAAAUUCUGGUGAAAUCCUCGAUGGAGCAUGUAUUAUUUCUGUGGUUUUGGCAUUUUGCAUCCCAAUUCUAAUAUCUCAAAUUAAAUCCAACAUCUCUUUUUUCCCCCAUUAAAAAUAUAACUUUCAUUUAAUUUCUGAGAAUCUCUACAGUAGUAUUCCAGCUCUGAUCAGGUUAUGCUUUAUUUCAACAUGCAAUCCACAUCGAUUGACAUUCAGGGUAAAGAGAAUCUAAUUCCUGUUUCCUCAUCUUAUCGUAAAACAAUUCCACUGUGUUAUUUCCUUUAGACAGUUUGUUAUAUGUCGGUGUAUCAUUUCAUAAACUUUGCAGCUUCAGUUCUGUUGACUGGGUGAGCUAGUCUGUGCUGGGUCAUAUGUGCACUACUUAGAAAUGUUAGUGAAUCAUCGGCAGGCAGUGAGUAGUGAUAAUGGAGACACAAGACAUUGCAGAUACUUUUAUCUUGAGCAAAGAACUGGCUGCUCGAGGAACCCAGUGGGUCAGGCAACACCUGUAGAGGGAAAUGGACAGACAAUAUUUCAGGUUGGGACCCUUCUUCAGACUGAUGAGAACAGUGAUAAUGUACAAUGGCUGCAUUGUGAAUGCCUACGUAAUGGAAUAGGACAUGAGGUACUAGUUAUAGAUCCACUUUUGUAAAGUUUGUUAAACAAAGCCUGUCACCAGAAAUGAUAGCUUUUAGAUAAAUUCCAUUAUUUAAAGAUCUACAUCCCCCUAUUUGUUUGCACUAUAUGAUCGGCUAUUUAAGAGAAAGGUAACAUUAAACCUUAUCUACUAAUUAAGAGCUUCAGUCUGUCACUAUUUCCAUAACAGACCUGCCAUGACUCAAUCUAAACCCUUUACUGUGGCGAGCUGCACUUUCCCUAUUUAGUUUGUGUGAACCUGGCUGCACUUUUGAAAGUAUUUUUAUUUAAAUAUUUUAAACAUGGUACAUGUGUUGCAGUUUUUGUACCUGUUCUCCCGAUCAAACUGCAAAUACUUUACAAUCAAAGGAAUCUGUAAUUAAUGUAUUUUAUGCACAUAAAGGCAAUAAAGUCUCAAGGUCAUCAGGAAACGUUCUUAAACACAGGUACAAUGUACGGAGUGAUUCAAUUAAAAAGACAAUAUUUUUAUAAUUGCGUGUAAAGAGCUAGUGUUGCGGUAAAUCUGGUCCUUUAAGAUGUUUAAUAAUGACAGGAUACUUAUUAAAGAUGCUAAUUAAAUGUGUAAAUUUCAUUUUAUGUAACAUGGCUGACAGUUUAUAGUCUUGUAUAUAAUCCUUGCUUCUGUCAUUCAACACAAUGUACUGAAAUUCUCUGUAAGCUUUUAAGUGAUUUUAAAUAAAAUGUGAAUUCUGAUGCAAA